CUAGCUAAAGAAAAUGUAAAAAAAUUACCUUCCUAUUUCAAAUCACGUGAUUUUCAUGAGGUUCUAUAUAAGAAACCAAUCUAUCGUCAAACUGGUAUACGCCAGUGCUGUAUCCCACAGAAUAAUUUCAGCAAAAUGGAGGUCAAAAUCUUACUAGCUUUGGUUUUCUGCUGUUGUGUUUGGCUUGCAAAUGGUUGUGUCAAAACAAAUGCCUGUGGGGAUAAUUCUGAUUGUAAGAAUAAAAGACGUAGACGGUUCUCAGAUAACCAUGACAACAGACCAAAAGGAAGUGUCGGAAAGAUCGGAACUCAUUACAGUAUCAAGCUUCAAGAUCAUGACCCCUGUGAUUUCAAUACCUAUGACAACGACCUGGACGGGGUAAUUGCUAAAGAGGAAGUGCAAGAUAUACUCGGUAUCAACGCGGAGACUGACGCUCUUUUCGCUGACCUAGAUAUCAUGACAGAAGACAGUGUAAUCAAACUGGAUGAAUUUUAUGCCUUGGCACCUCUGAUCAUAACUGAAUGUUACGCCUCUGACAGGAAAUAACAUCUCCGUGGAAGUUGUGCUUGCAAUAACAAUAAAGCUGCUACAGACAAUACAAUGCAAUAAACAUGAUAAAGUGACUUGUGUUUGUAAUAAAGAAGAAUUUGGCAUCGCUUUUCUGGGCUAAUUAUUGCUACUUAUGCUAAUGUUUUGCUAAAAGUAUUUGUUUGUGUUGGUGUUGUUUUUUUUAACUUUGUGAUAUAGGGGAAAAGAGCACAAACUGUUUCUGACAUGUAUAUAAUUAGGUCUACUAUCUUAUUCUGACUUUUACUCAGUUUCCUGCUGUAGUCGCAUUCGAUAUCAAUACAAGUUAUGCCUUUCGUUACUGAUAUAGCUCUUAGAACGAAGAAUGAAAAUAUUAAUAUGGCACGAUUUGAUUGCAAGUUAAACAAAGCAGAAGGUCAAACUAUGCAUAUUUUGUGAUAAACAACAGUUGACGCGCGGACCGGUAAGAAAGCAUGUUGACGCCAAUUACGGCUUCAAAUUGCCGCAUGAAGUUCAGUUCAUUACUGAUCGGAUAAAUGAUGUCCGGUAUAAAUUUUAUCAAAAUAUUUAAUGAACAUGUAAGAAUAAAACGUCUAAUUCACCAUGAUUUAUCGUUCAGAUGCUUAGAUAGGAUACCCAACCGGGAUAACGCAUUCGUAAUUCCAUUCCUGCACAUCUGAACUCUGAAUCUUUGUAAGUCUGGAGAUAUACACAUUACUCGAAGGUCUUGAUUAUUUGAUAAGGGCACUUUUUUAAAUCUCUCACUUUUAUGUAGGUUGUUAACAGACAUCUGAUAAACGAUACAGAAAAGAAAAACAUAACUCGUCUAGACUUAUUUCUACUUUCAAAUAUAAAUGAGGUGAUGCAAAUAGCUGUCAUAUCUGUUUCUAUAAGGGAAAUUUUUGAAGCAUCUUAUAGACUAAGUCAUAUAACUACACUAACGUUAACAAAUAGAUCGGGCCCAGUUAACCUGUUUUGGAGAAUUGAUUUUAUAUGCUUCCAUGUCUUAUGCAAGCGAAGUGGCUGAAACUUAACAAAGACUCAUUUUUAAUAUAUAAAUCUGCUUGUAUAGUUUUCUUCAGCUUAUAGUUUCUUUUUGUAAGCUUUAUUUCAGCAAUUAAAUUUAAAAUCAGCUAA